AUGCUGGACCUUCAUGUCUGGGGUUCCGCCUUUGGUCUUCCGUCCAUUGAUCCCGAAUGUAUUGCCGCCAUCACAUACCUGCAUAGCAGCCUCGCUGUAUCAGACUGGCGCCUGAUUCCCAGUAACGACCCUUCCGUCAGUCCGUCCAAUUCACUUCCCGCACUCUGUCAUGAGGGCGUAUGGAUAUCGGGGUUUGCACCCAUCGUCAAGUACUUGACCGACAAGUCACUUAGUGACGAUCUGGACGCUGAUCUGACGUCCAUUCAAGAGGCGGAUCGUGUUGCGUAUGCUGCCUUCUUGUCUGCUCACGCUGCUCCAUUGUUGGAUCUUUCGCUCUAUGUUUCGGCCGCCAACUGGUCUGCUACGACUAGGCCUGCCUUCAGCACUCUUUUACCGUUUCCAUUAACAUGGACUGUCCCACCGCUGCUCCGCGCUGAGGCUGUCAAGCGUGUUGAGCACUUGGGCUUUGCUGAUAUGGAUACCGACUUUGAUCCUAAUGGAAGCCUUCAUCUUUCUUCAGGACGGGAUGCUUUGCCAGAGACAUUCCGGAGGCACAUUCCUGCGCGGACGAAGAAGACCGUCCAUGAGGAGAUGACCCCUGAGCAAGCGGCUCUUAUCCGACUCUAUGGAAUUACAGAGGACUGCCUGUCUGUUCUAGAUGACUACCUUGAGGAAGGAUUUGAAGAGAAUGAGCACGGUUUCUUUGAGGGAACAGAGCUUUCGUCUUUGGAUUGUCUAGCCUUUGGCUACCUUUCACUGAUGCGCGAUGCGCCUGUGCCAAGGUCGUUCUUAAAAGACUGGCUCAUGAAGAAGACUCCUCGGUUAUCCACUUUCGUUGAUUACGUUAAGUCAACAUACUUGAAGGAGUCUGACCCCUUGCCUUGGGUUGAAUCCGGCAACAACUCCGCGUUGCAAAUUAGCAGCCGGACGCUGGAUAGCAUCCUUCACAAUGUUCCUGGAUUUGGUGACGAGUAUGCCACUGAAGUACGAAGACGUGUUGAGGGAGGCAUUACUGGUGUUGAUGGCAGGUCCCUCAUGUUGGCAUUGAGUCUCCUCGCCACAGGCGCCGCGAUCGGGUAUGGCUACCACACAUAUAAGGCGAUGCAGCCUUUUGGGUCCCGGAUACAGGUAUGGCAAUCACACAAGAACUUGUCAAAACUGAGCGAGUUUGGGGCCCUUGGUUCCAUGUUGGGCAGUGUAUUGGGAGGGCCGGCAGAGGCGCCUCGACCUUCCCAUGCAUCAAACCAAGCUCGGUUUGUCGAUACUGACAUAGAUGUAGACUGA